UUAUGAAUAGAAUUAGAGAUGUCUUCCCCCUUGGGAUCUGACUGGUGGUGGAGUGGAGGCCUGAGGAGGUAGGGAAAUCAGCAGGAGCUAGUGAAGCCAGAUGGUGGAGAUGGGGAGGAGGAGGGUCGCAGCUCAGCUUGAAGAGCGAGGAAGUCCGUGAGUGAAGAUCUUUUAAAACGGAGCCUUGGACCGUGAUUGGUUGAAGAUUGGCUGGAGCGGGGAUGAAUGGGGAAGUCUUUGGACAGAGCAUAGGAGGGGGUGAGUCUUCCAGAUUGAAUUUUCGUCAAAACUCCAUUUUAAAAUAAGUUCAUACAAACAUUUCAGAGUUUACAAACAUCACAAAAAACUAAAAUAAAAAAUUAAAAUGUUAAAAUUGCAUCUAGUCAAAAUUGGCAGCCAUGUUUUAGCGUUUGACCUAACUGUGUGCUUUGAGUUUUACGCUCUGGCUGGUCAAAUAGCUGCAGUCUUGGCUGGGCUACAACUGAUUCUGUAUGUUUAAUUUGUUAAUAAUUUACCAUGUCGUGGACCAUGUGGACCAGUAAUUUAUACAAAAGAAGCACUGACCAUGAUUUGAAUGGAUAUUAAUUUAAUGGUCAUUGUAUUGCUCUUAUGUAUUAUUUUGAUUUAAUGAGAAACUGGGUUUUUAGUAUGUCUUUAUUAGCUUAAGCCAUAAUCGUGACAAGCACUUGGAAAUAAACACUUGGAAUACAUCACUCUGCUUUUAAGGUGAGGUAAGGUAAGGUAAGUUUAUUUAUGGAGAUGCACCUUUAUUAUGAAAUGAUUUUACUGUGAUCAUCAAAUAAAGCCUGUCUUACUUAAGAGCCAGCUGCCAAAUAUAAACAUUUGUAGUAAAAUUGUUUACUUUUUUCUAAAUAAAACUAAAAACAUUUGAUUCUUGUAAGUGUGCAUAAACAACAUCUAAAUAAUAUUUUGCUUACAACAAACUAUAUGAAAACAUCCAAAAUUAACUUUUAAGCUAGAUGUUUCAAUAAAAUUCCUAUCACCAGAAAUGUCACAUUAGAUUCAAAAAAAUUGUAAAACAUUUUCUGAGUUUACCUUUUGAACAGGGUAACAAAAGUUCACCCAACUUUUGUCUUUACCUUCACAUCAAAUUGGUUUCUCCUUACAUUAGUUUAAAAAAGUAAAAAAUAUAUAAUUUUUUAACUUCACUAAAUAAAUGAACCCUGCUACAAUUCUUGAAAACAAGUAAAGAUAAAAUUGUACUUCUGAACAUAUUUGUGUUCUUGGUUUGUUGGAGCCUGAUUUGCUCCUUUUAAGACAAAACAGAGCUAUUUGUAAAUAAUGCUCAUGUUUCAGAAGCUGAUAAACUGAUACCUCCUUGUUAUAAUGUGCUCAAUAAUGUUUCCGUUAACACUUAGAGAUCAGAUAACCCACAGCCCCUCCCACUCAGCAUGUCCUGCUUCUGAAGCUCGCAUUUAUACUCAGGUAAACUUUCAUUUUAGUUUCCGGUAUGAAGAACCCUGAGUUGUAAUAUCCAUCAUUUGGAUCAAAUAUGGAGAUAAACCCCCGCUGUCUUUUCAUGAUACUGGUAAGAACUUACCUCAAUAUUAUCUUUCUGAAAACAGGUGUUCAUAUUUUAGAACAUUGCAAAGAGAGUGCAUUCUUCAGUCUUUUAUCAGUUCCUGAUUACUCAUGUCUUCACUUUCACUCUAAAUAUAAAAAAAGAAACCCAGAAGAAUAGCACAUUUAAUAAUUAAUAUGUCUAAUCAAUCCAAUUCUGUUGCGAGCUUAGCGAUAUGGGGUGAUUUAAUAAUUUGCAGAGUCUGGGAGUUCAAUUGUCACCAGCAGAAUUUUUGCUGCGGCAAAAAAGAAACUGGAUCAUACAAACCUUCACUAUCAAUGAAAGUUAUAGUGGAAAGUUUCCAUAUUAUCUGGACAGAGUGAGUAUUAAAGUACCAAGUUAAUGUUGCAUUAUAUAUAUAUAUUAUUAAUAUGUAAAAAUUAAGGACAAUAAUUGCAAAAACUGCUAAUGUUGUUCCUUGUCAUCCAGGUUGAUAUUGAUCCAAACCUAAAUGUUUUCGAAAUUACUGGUCAAGGUAUAAAUGAGGAACCUCGAGAAUUACUAGAAAUAAAUAAAAAAUCAGGACGAGUUUAUGUCCUGGGUCCUGUGGACUACGAAAAAUUUCAGAUUCUGAAGCUGAUAAUAAAGGCACGAAGUAAAAACAACCAGAUCCUGACACAAGUGGGCAUUAAUUUUGAAAUUAUUGACGCAAAUGAUAACCCGCCAAUGUUCAACCAAACAAUGUAUGAGACCACCAUAAAUGAGUCAACAUUACAAGGUACUGGAUUGAUCAAUGUUACAGCAACAGACCAUGACAGCAAAGAGGAGAAUAAGAAUUUUACCUUUAGUAUAGACUCAGUAACUCCUAAACCAGAUGACUUUGAAUUCUUUAUAAAUGAGGUGCCUAAUUUUAAUAAUGGAACCAUUUCAUUUAAAGGAUGCCUGGACCGUAAGAAAGCAGACAAAUACAUCCUUAUUGUGAAGGCCACUGACCUUGGAAAACCAAAACCACUCUCCAGCUCCACCACCAUAACAAUCAACAUUGAGCAUGGGAAUAGACAUCGUCCAGUGUUUAUGAACCAAACUGGUGAGGCAAGUGUGAAAGAAGGACUGGAAAAUGUUCCAUUUUUCCACCUCCAAGUCAAGGAUGAAGAUACCAGAGGUACCAAAGCCUGGAAGGCAAAAUAUGAAAUCCAUGGAGACAAAAACAACAACUUCAGAGUCAUUACUGAUCCCCAAACAAAUGAAGGUCUACUCUAUGUGGAUAAGCACCUCGACUAUGAGAAUGAAUCCUUGAAGAACAUCACAAUCACUGUGGAGAAUGAGAUUCCCUAUUUCACAUGCAAAGUGACAGAUCGUAACACCGCUGGUCUUUGGAAAAUAGAAACAGAUACUGGUAGUAGCCUUUUUAAUGGAGCGAAUAUUGGAAGUGGCACUGGUGGAGGAGGGACUUUAUCCAGACAUCAAAUGACAGUGGCUGUAGAGGAUGUCAAUGAGCCUCCAGUGUUUGACCCACUAAAACCGGUUUCUGUACCUGAAAAUGUGGCGGUGGGCCAUUAUGUGGGAACAUGUGCAGCUAGAGACCCUGAUGUCACCAGUACAAACAUAAUUAGAUACAUAAAAGGAGAGGAUCCAGCUAAUUUGGUUACAGUGGACCACAAGACAGGAAAAAUAACAACAUCGGGGGUUUUGGACAGAGAGUCACCCCUUGGUAAAGAUGGACUUUAUGCCGUCACAAUACAUGCUGUUGACAAUGGGAAUCCUCCGAUGACAGGAACAGCGACUCUCAGCAUCUAUAUUAUUAAUGAGAAUGACAAUGCUCCAUCUCUGAUUGUAAGCACCUUUGACAUAUGCCAAAGUGACAAACCCUCAUGGGUCAAUGUCACAGCUGUGGACCUAGACGGAGAACCAUACAGUGGGCCUUUCAUAUUCAAACUUCUUGGAGAUGUUAAGAACAAGUGGAGGGUUGAUCCUGAGCAAGGGUAUUCAGUCAACCUUGUAAAAGAAAAUAAUAUUUAUUCUGGGUAUUACAAGUUGGAGCUGGAAGUGUCAGAUUUUGAAGGAAAGAAAGCUCUCCAUAACUUGUCAGUUAUUGUGUGUGAGUGCUCUGAUGCAACAAGGCCAGACUGCAGACAGCAAAAAGCUACUGGAUGGAGAGUAGCAGCAGAAACUCUGGGAAUAUUAUUCUUCUCCAUUUUUUUGCUCAUAGGUUUGGGAUUUUUAACCUUUUUGGUAUCGUGUAAAACUGAGAGAGUACUAAUCCCAGAUGAUGAUCCUCUGCAACACUUAAUGACAAGUAACACAGAAGCACCAGGAACUGACUGCAAAGUGCCCUUAAAUUCACUAAACAGCAAUCAUAAAGAACAACAGAUGCAAGUAUCUGAAGACACAAAGAUGAUGAUAACACCGGUAUUCAUUGAUUCUGCUGUAAACGUACAAGCUAGCCCGUGUGGAAACAACUCCAAUGAAGACAGAAGCUCUGGGAGGAAAUCUUCUGUUCUGUCCUUCCAUGAGCACUGGAAAAUGUCCAGUGAGAUUUCUCCGUCAGCCAUUGGGAUCAGACCUAAGCAAGGAACUUUAAAGGAUGCGGUUUGGAUGGAACAUGCUCAGGAAACUCUACUAGUAACAGCACUGACAACAAUGCUCGACAGACUUGAAGCGCCAGGCGAGGAACUUGGUGAUUAUGCACCUACCGUGUAUGUUUGGGAAGGAGACUUGGAACGCAGCUUUGAACUUGACACCAUUACCAACCCUGAAGUUCCCAUUGACUCAGACUUAGAACUGGAUUCCAGGUUCUUAGCUCUGGCUUCAAUCUGUUUGCCUGACACGUCUGCCCAAAGCACAAAAACUUAGACAGCUCCUCUGACUAGCCAUCUUAAUAAUAAUAAUAGAUACUUUAUUGAUCCCCAAGGGGAAAUUAGACCCUCUGCAUUUAAUCCAUCCCUUAUAGGGAGCAGUGGGCUGCUGUUGUGCAGCACCCAGGGAGCAUUCUGGGGCUAAGGGUCUUGCUCAGGGACCCAAAGUGGCAAUCUGUGGGAUACGAACCCAGCCCCUUGUGUCCCCCUCCAGAACACAAACCUCCUGCUCUAACCACUAGGCCACCACUCCCCUUAAGCCAGUUAUCUGGGCAUAGACUGGCUACUUUUGGCUCUCUUUUUUAUAAUAUAUUCUUGUUUACAUGUUUAUCUCUUCAUCGGCCAGAAUUUGAAUGUGAUUAUUUUGCUGAACAUUAUUGUAUACAGAACAAAGGAAAUAACUGUUGUGUGGCAUUUGACCUUAGGGCAUGCUUAGCACAAUGUUACUUUUUUUUGAUAUAAUGCAACUUCCAUUCAUGUGUAAAAAUGUUGAACUGUUUAGGUGUUUGCACUUUUUACUUAGCACAAUAAAACUUACUGUGUGUUAAAAAAAUAAAUACAAAAUACAAAAAUGCUUACUUUGUUCAGCACCUAUGAAGCUCUUGCAGAAGCUAUGAUGGCCAAUCCAAUGUGAGCUAUUAUGGCUGUUAUUUAACCUUUCUUCUUAUCUGAGCAACUUUUGUAGAGGCUCAUUGCUAUUUAUAAUCUAUAGGAGGGUGCUGAACACUGUAUUUUCAGAAUAUGGAUAGCAGAAGGAAGCAUUUUUCCUACCUGUCCAUUUUUGACUUUUCAACUUACAUAAAAGGAAACAGAAGAAUAAGUUAAACCUAAAAUACAAAUUUUUCAAAAACUCUACAAUGCUAUAUAUCCACUGUGCAUUGUAAACAUGUCUCAUUACGGUGUAAGUAAAACAUAAUUCUUUUCAUAGGGACCUUGGGAGAGCUCUCUCAAUAUUCAAUAAAUGCUGCUUUUAGGGGGAACAGAUGAAAGAAAAUGUUAAUGCACUCAUACCUUUCCUGGUAUAUGGAAAAAUAUUGAUUAAAAUGAUUAGAUUGAACUCUCCGAGAUGUGUUGUAACAGAGAGUACAUUAUUUGUAGUUUUGUGGCUUUCAGCCACAUCGAUGCUUAACAAAAUUAUACUGUAAUUGUGGAACCUCCAAAAAAGGAAAUUACAGUGUGUCUGAAACAACAAACAACAGUUCAUACUUAUUACAAACUUUAUAGCAUGUCUAUAGAUAAGAUUCUUAAAUAUACUCAGCUUUAUAGACAGCUGUACAUAAAUCUGGAAUGCUGUAUUUAAAGUCAUUAUAAUGUGUGGAAAUAUAAAUGCCUUAUCAUUAGUAGCUAAAGCUAAGAUAUAUUUGGGAUUUGCUGCUUAUAGAUUGGUUAUUAUUAGGAGUUUUUAGUUAUGCUUUUGAGAGUUAGAAAAAUCC